AUGACUUUCGAUGAUGACCCCCCAAAACAAAUUGUGGCUGCCGCCCAAGAUCGCCUCCCUAUUGAUGGGAUCUCCUCAGUGUCCGACCCGUGCCUGGUUGCAGUUGCUAACGCAUCGCAUUCUAGGUCUUCCCACCCGACCGAUCCGAUCGAGGUGAGCGUCGACAAACGCGAAGUGCGGGCUUUGGAUGCUAUCAACGGGAUUCAGUUCGUCUGCGAUCAGUAG